AUGACGACCGAAUUCACCACCUCCUUGCAAUUGACACAACAAAGCAAGUACACGUUUAACAACGGUCUCCAGAUCCCGGUCACUGCCUUUGGUGUGUGCGACAUUCCGCCAAAAGAUACCAAGCACCUAGUGUACGUAGCGUUGAAGGCCGGGUACCGUCACAUCGACAGUGCUAUGGGGUACCAGAACCAGAGAGAGACUGCCGAGGCGAUCAGCCUCUUUUUGAGCGAAACUCCCGAGGUCGCCAGAAGUGACAUAUUCUUCACUACCAAGAUCGAUAACAACCUGCAAGGCUACGAGGAAACCAAACAGGCAGUGGAGAGCAUUGCCCACGAGGUUAAGCAGCACAUCGGGUACGUCGACUUGGUACUUCUCCAUUCGCCCAAAACCUCCAAGGAAAAGAGAUUGGGCACCUACAGAGCGUUACAAGAGUAUGUGGGUGAAAAUCCAACCUUGGAGAUCAAGUCGCUCGGAGUGUCCAACUUCGGAGUGGCCCACUUGGAGGAGUUGCUUAGUUGGGAUGGCCUCACAGUCAAGCCGGUGCUCGACCAGUUGGAAUUGCACCCAUGGUUGCCCCACAUCGAAUUGCGCGAGUAUCUCAAGUCCAAGAACAUCUUGGUGGAGGCAUACUCGCCAUUGACACAAGGAGUCAAGCUCAACGACCCGGAGUUGUUGGGGUUGGCUGCCAAGCACAACAUCAACAAGGCAGAGAUGUUGUUGAAGUGGUCUUUUUUGCAGGGGUUUAUCGUGAUUGCCAAGUCGGUCACCGAAUCGCGAGUGGUGCAGAACUUAAACGUGUUGCCUGCCGACCUGUCCAGCGGACCUCUCGUCUUGGACGUGGCCAUCUUGCAGGACCUCCACAAGCCCGAUUCGUGCGAGGUGAUGACCUGGGGCAAUGUAGAUCCCACCGAGUUUGUGGAUGGGGAGUAG